CGCCCUGGAGCCCAAAGGGGCACCCACCAGGCCACGGAGGAGAGUAAAGGUCACCAGCUGCCACACACCAUACAUUAAAGCUUUCAAAUCCCACAGCAAAGCACCAGCUUCGAUCAAGACCAUCAAGAUCAGACACCAUGCCAAAAAUGGAUGGAGGAGAGAAGAUACUUCAUGAUCUGGGCUACAGGCUGGGUCACACAAUUGGGGAAGGCAGCUUCUCCAAGGUGAAGGCAGCCACCUCCAACAAGUACAAGGCCCCCCUAGCCAUCAAGGUGGUGGACCGGCAGCGAGCACCCCACACCUUUGUGUACAAGUUUCUGCCCCGGGAGCUCAAUAUCCUGCGCAAGAUACAGCACCCCAACAUUGUGCGUGUCUUGGAGCUCAUCGAGGUCUGCAGUGGGAAGCUCUACAUAGUGAUGGAGGCGGCAGCCACUGACCUGUUGAAGCUGGUGCAGCAGCUGGGGAAGCUGCCCUGUGUCCCCAAGGCCCGGGACAUCUUUGCACAGGUUGUGGGUGCUGUGCGCUACUUGCAUGACCGCAACUUGGUGCACCGGGACCUCAAGUGUGAGAACGUGCUGCUCACCGCUGAUGGCCACCGGGCCAAACUCAGUGACUUUGGUUUCAGCAAGGAGACCAGCAGCUAUCCAGACCUGAGUACCACGUUCUGUGGGUCAGCAGCCUACAGCUCCCCAGAGGUGCUGAUGGGCAUCCCCUACGAUGCCAAGAAGUAUGACAUGUGGAGCCUGGGGGUGAUGCUGUACGUGAUGGUGACGGGCUGCAUGCCCUUUGACAAUACCCACAUCUGCAAAAUAUCCCAGCAGCAGAAGAAAGGAGUGCUGUACCCUGAGGGGCUGCCCCCACUGCCAGAGCCCUGCCAAGCCCUCAUCACCCAACUGCUCCAGUACAGCCCAGCCUCCCGGCCCAGUGUGGGGCAGGUAGCUAAGAACAGCUGGUUGAAGGGGGACAUCUGAAGGGGGAAGCUCUCCACAGAGAGUGGGGAGAGCAGUAACAUGCUAGUGUAAUCAGUUCUGUGGUAGAAAA